AUGACGCCCAGAAUGCGGUCCCGCGCCGUCUGGAUCGCUGGAGCGAUCGUCGUACUUACCGUAGUGUCCGGCCCGGCGGCGAGUUCUACUGAAAACGUUCACUACAGCCCACCACUGGAAUGCGUCGAUCCGUACGGGCGACCACAGCGCUGCAUCCCGGAGUUUGAGAAUGCGGCCUACCAGCUGGAGGUGGAAGCGACCAACACGUGCGGGCACGACGGCGAUACGGAUUUCUGCGUUCAGACGGGCUACUCGAACCGGAAGAGCUGUGACGUGUGCCACGCGGGCCAACACUCGCCGAACUACCUGACCGACUUCCACGACCAGAACCACCCGACCUGGUGGCAGUCGGAGACGAUGUUCGAGGGUGUGCAGUACCCGAAUCAGGUCAACCUGACGCUGAAGCUGGGCAAAUCCUUCGACAUCACCUACAUCCGGCUGGUGUUUCACUCGCCGCGCCCGGAGUCGUUCUCCAUCUACAAGCGCGUCACUCCGAACGGGCCCUGGAUACCGUACCAGUACUACAGUGCGACCUGCCGCGAUACGUACGGGCUGCCGGACUCGCUGUCCGUGAUGACCGGGGAGGACGAGUCGCGGGCGUUCUGCAACAGCGAGUACAGUGACAUCUCGCCCCUGCGCGACGGUAACAUUGCGUUCUCGUCGCUCGAGGGCCGCCCGUCCGCGAUCAACUUCGAGCACCACCUGGAGCUGCAGCAGUGGGUCACGGCCACCGAUAUUCGGAUUUCGCUCGACCGGCUCAACACGUUCGGCGACGAGGUGUUCGGUGACGCACAGGUCCUGAAGUCGUACUUUUACGCGAUCGCCGAUAUCGCGGUCGGAGCGCGCUGCAAGUGCAACGGACAUGCGAGCGAGUGCACGACCAGCACCGGACUGGAGGGCCAGCGGACACGCGUCUGCAAGUGCAUGCACUACACCGACGGUCCCGACUGCGAUCGCUGCCUGCCGUUCUACAACGACGCACCGUGGGGCCGUGCCACCUCCAAGAAUGUGCACGAGUGCAAACCCUGCAACUGCAACGGGUACUCCACCAAGUGUUUCUUCGAUCGCCAUCUGUACAACCUGACCGGGCACGGUGGCCACUGCAUGGACUGCGGUGCGAACCGCGACGGGCCAAACUGCGAGCGGUGUAAGGAGAACUUUUUCAUGCGCGAGGACGGCUACUGCAUCAACUGUGGCUGCGAUCCGGUCGGUUCCCGGUCGCUCCAGUGCAACGCGGAGGGCCGCUGCCAGUGCAAACCGGGCGUGACGGGUGACAAGUGCGACCGGUGCGAUGCCAACUACUUCAACUUCGGACCGCACGGCUGCCAGCCGUGCAACUGUGACGUGCGGGGCUCGCUGGACAACGCACCGUCCUGUGACUCGGUGACGGGCGUUUGUGCCUGCAAGGAGAACGUCGAGGGGCGCCACUGUCGCGAGUGCCGGCUCGGCUACUUCAACCUCGACUCGGACAACAAGUUCGGCUGUACGCCGUGCUUCUGCUAUGGCCACACGCUCGAGUGUGCGAGCGCCGGCGGUUACUCGAUCGUGUCGACGACCUCGAACUUCAACAAGCACAAGGAAAAAUGGACCGCCGUCACGGAUACGGGCGUGCCGGCGGACGUCAAGUAUAACUCGCACAGCCAGUCGAUCGGCGUCGGUGCGAGCCCCGGCCACCGGGCGGUUUACUUCCUCGCGCCGGACCGCUUCCUGGGCGAUCAGCGGGCGUCCUACAACCGGCUGUUCAAGUUCCGGCUCCAGCUGGUCGGGCAGCAGCGCGUCGACGUCAGCCCGUACGACGUGGUGUUCCACAGCGGCAACAGCAGCAUCUCGCUGCCUAUCUUCGCCCAAAACCAGCGCAUGCCGAGCGAGGAGUCGCACGAGUUCUCGUUCCGCCUGCACGAGAACCCCGAGUACACCUGGACACCGUCGAAUUCGGCCCGCGGUUUCAUGUCGAUCCUGAGCAAUCUGACGGCGAUCAAGAUCCGGGCGAUCUACAGCGACCACGGUGAGGCCGUGCUGGACGAUGUGGAACUGCAGACCGCUCACCGGGGCGCCGCCGGACGUCCGGCCACCUGGAUUGAGCAGUGCACCUGCCCCGUCGGCUACUUGGGCCAGUUCUGUGAGUCGUGCGCGCCCGGCUACCGACACAAUCCGGCCCGCGGUGGCCCGUUCAUGCCGUGUGUGCCGUGCGAUUGCAACAAGCACGCCGAGAUCUGCGAUUCGGAAACGGGGCUCUGCAUCUGCCAGCACAACACGGCCGGCGAUACGUGCGAUAAGUGCGCCAAGGGUUACUACGGAAACGCGCUCGGCGGAACGCCAUACGACUGCAAGCGCUGCCCGUGCCCGAACAACGGAGCCUGUAUGCAGAUGGCCGGCGACACCGUCAUCUGUCUCGAGUGUCCGGUCGGAUACUUCGGACCACGGUGCGAGCUGUGCUCCGACGGUUACUACGGUGAUCCGACCGGUGUGCACGGCGCGGUACGCGUGUGCCAGGCGUGCGACUGUAACGGCAACGUGGACCAGAAUGCGGUCGGCAAUUGUAACCGCACGACCGGCGAGUGCCUGAAGUGUAUCCACAAUACGGCCGGUCCGCACUGCGACCAGUGUCUGCCGGGACACUUUGGAGACCCGCUGGCGGAACCGCACGGUAGCUGCGAGGAGUGUAGCUGCUACCCGCGCGGUACGGAGCAAACGGAGAAGGGCAUCUCGAUCUGCGACUCCAUCAGCGGCAACUGUCACUGCAAGCCGGCCGUGGUGGGCCGGACGUGUAACGAGUGCAAGAACGGGUACUGGAACAUCGUGUCCGGCAACGGCUGCGAGAGCUGCGGCUGCGACUCGGUCGGUAGCUUCAACUCGUCCUGCAACACGUUCACGGGCGAGUGCUUCUGCAAGCCGGGCGUGAUCGGCAAGAAGUGUGACAAGUGUGCGGCGGCCCACUACGGCUUCUCGGACGACGGGUGUCACGCGUGCGAUUGCGAUCCGAGCGGCUCGAAGGGCUCGCAGUGCAACCAGUACGGGCAGUGUCCGUGCAACGACAACGUCGAGGGUCUGCGGUGCGAUCGGUGCAAGGAGAACAAGUACGAUCGGCACCAGGGCUGCCUGGACUGCCCGGCGUGCUACAAUCUGGUGCAGGACGCGGCCAACGAGCACCGGGCCAAGCUGGCCGAGCUGAGCCAGAUCCUGCAGGAGAUCCAAUCGAAACCGAUCGUGAUCGACGACAACGAGUUCGCCGGUAAGCUGCACGCGGUACAGGAGAAGAUCGACAUCCUGGUGGAGGACGCCAAGAGCGGAUCGGGCGGGGGCGAGAAAACGCUCAACGAGAUGCUGAAGGACCUGGAGGGUCGGCUGCGGGACGUGCAGAAGCUGCUGGACAAUGCGGACCAAUCGCUGGAGGUCACGAACCGGAAGAUCCACAAGGGUGGGUACAAUGCGACGCUGGCCAACGCCAAGAUACAGGACGCCCGGCGCCAGCUGGACGAUGCGGUGGAGCUGCUGCAGACCGAGGGCAACACGGCGCUCGGUCGGGCGCGCGAAAUCUCGAGCCACCUCGGUAACCAGACGAAUCAGAUCAGUGGCAUUUCGCGCGAGGCCCGGCUGUACGCCGACCGGUUCAAGGCGGAAGCGGACGCCAACAUGAAACAGGCCCAGGAGGCGCACGAGAAGGCGUCGGAAGCGCUCCGGAAGGCGAACAAUGCGAUCACGCAGCAGUCCAACAUCACGCAGGAGCUGGACUCGACGAUCGCGGCCGAAAUUGCCGAGGCCCGGGACAAGCUGAGCGCCGUCUCGAAGCUGACCGAGCAGGCGCUGACCCGGGCGCGCGAAGUCAACGACGAAGCGCUGACCCUGUUCGCGGCUGUCAAUCGGACGACCCCGCCGAACAUCGACAUCAAUCAGAUGAAGAAGGAGGCGGCCCAGUACAACCGGGAAGCGGACCGCAUCGCGGAGGAGCUGGCCAGCAAGAUCGCCGAUCACGCGAAGCUGCUCGACAACGUCGAAGCGAACAUCGACCUGGCCGAUACGCUGCUCAACAGAGCCCAGCUACAGAAGGAGGACGCCGUGGACGCACUGAAACAGCUACAGUACGCCAAGGAACUGGCCGAGAAGGCGGUGGCCGAAGGUGAUGGCACCCUGCGGAAGGCCAACUACACCUACCAGACGUUGGCCGGGUUCAAGAAUCAGGUCGAGGAGUCCUCCAAGCGAGCCACGGACGCACUCAAUCUGGUGCCCAACAUCGAACGGCAGAUCUACAACUCCCGCGAGCUGCUACAGCGUGCCGAAGAGGCCCUGCAAGCUGCCAGCCGUAAUGCGGGAGAUGCGCGAAAGAAUGCACAGACGGCACAGGACAAGUACGCCGAGGAAGCCUCAAAGCUUGCCGAAAGCAUCAAGAAGCGUGCCAACGCAACCAAGAACACGGCGCGGGAUCUGCACCACGAAGCGGAUCAGUUGAAUGGGCGACUGGCUAAAACCGACAACCGGCUCGAGGAACGCGAGGCCCAGAUUCGAAAGGACCUGAAUCUGACCAACGAGGCGAAGGAAAAGGUCGGCCAAGCGCAGCUCAACUCGCACGAAGCGAAAUCGCAGGUCGACAAAGCGCUAAAGGAAGUAAACCUGAUCAUGCAGGAACUGGCCAACUUGCGCGAGAUUGAUGUGAACAGUUUGGACGAUUUGGAGCGCCGACUGAGUGCGGCCGAAAAAGAGCUGGAAGACGCCCAGCUGACCAGACGGCUCAACACGCUAACGGAGGCCAAGAAUGUGCAGAACCAGAACAUCAAGAGCUAUCAGCGCGAGCUGGGCGAGCUUCGGUUGGAGGUGGAAAACAUCGAGCUUAUAGCCAAAUCACUGCCACCGGGGUGCUUUAAGCGCACUCACCUCGAACCGUAACUCUUCCCUUUUUUAUACAUUAAGAAGUGGGCGCGUAGUAGUACCGUACUCUAGACACACCGCGAUUGAACAACGAAAACCAUGUGCCACAAACCCCUCCCCAUACUAAUGCACUCGACACACCCGGUGGUCGACGGAACGUCGUGAGCGACGUUCCGGGCGACCUGUCCUGUCGUCGGUCUGGUUGCUUGCCGAAACAGGGGCCGCGUGCGAUAGCUUGUAAGUGAAUAUAAUAUUUAACUGAUCUAAAACGAAUCGAAUCACACGACGGCAACAAUAGCGACACAGCCGCACACUGUGGCAUAUCCUCUCUCACCACACACACACACACACCGGGGGCGCGCAACUAGUGGGACGGGAGCGAAAUCUAGUGACUUAAGUAGGUGCGUCGGCGUCUUCUAAACGUCCAAAAACACUAGUUCCAUUGCUUUCCGGGAGGAUCCUCACGAUCCUCGGUUGGUCGUGUGCUCCAUCGUGCGCUCUCUACGUGCACACUCUGUGUCUUCUCUGCCCCCGUGUGCGUGUCCAUCUUGUGUUCAACAGUUCAAGCAGGAAACAGGAAGAGACAAUAAAAGA